GUACCAGAGUGCUUCUCGCAACAAGCUCAUCAAUUUAAAGUUCUUGCGAUUGAUGAUGUAGUUGUGAAGCUCAAUGAGAGAGAUUCUUGUGUCAGAAUUGACAAUAAGUUGGUUUUAGUCCAAAACAUUGUUGAGGAUAAAGGUGCAGUAUACCUUGUGGGCAAUGAAUAUAAACAGGUGGAACACUUCUUUAAAUAUCCUAUUGAUUCAAAAGAGUUGGGAAUUUAUGUGGCUUCCAACCUCUCCACAAAUGUCAAGUGUUUCAUGACAGGAAAGAAGCUGCAGAAGUAUGUGAGAUUGCCAUUCCGAAACAAAUUUGUUGUUGUUCCACUCCUGCAUCAAGAGAAAUAACUCUGAAGAUGCUUGUGUAUAAUAGUUGGCUAAGGAAUAUCAUUCUUGUCUCUUUAGAUGUUUCACAUUGUUGUCUUUGACAAGACAAAUGAGGUUAAAGUUGAGCCUUCAGUCUGGAUUAAAAAUGGAGAGUGCAUGUGGCCUCCAAAUAAGAUAGAUAUAACAAAAGCUGUGAAAUCACAGGAGAUUCCUGGAGAUGACUGGAAGCCCCAUAAGGCCAGAAUUAUUUUCACGUCACAUGACUACAAGGAAGCUAGACGUAAACUACCUCUUGCUGUUGAUCACACAGACAUUGAUCAGACCGAUGGAGGAGACUCACCAAUUACAUUUCAAAGAAAAAGAAUACCCAAGAACAUUCUUUUCCCUGGAAAAGACGACGACUAUGAUAAUGCGAUGGAAGAGCACCUGAAAGAACCAAAAUCAAGAAAAGGAAGGUAUUCUAUACCCGAUGCUCCGAAAAUUGCUAGACAUGCCAACAAAUUAGACCCAGGAAAGCCAAACUGCCCUAAGAUCUUCCACAGUACUCUUGACCUCCGCAAUGAUGAGAUGGAAGGCAUUAAAGGAACAAAGUCCAAAAAAAAGAGGUAUGCUUUACCUAAUGCUCCAGUGAUCUGUAGGGAACAGAUUUCUCCUGCAGUAGACAACCUCCACCUUAGUGGCCAAGGCAGAACUGACCUUCGUCCACGCGAUCAUAGCAGUCCUGAUGUUAGCCCACAUGGCCAAAGCAGUCCUCACCUUCGUCCACAUGGCCAAAGCAGUCCUCACCUUCGUCCACAUGGCCAAAGCAGUCCUCACCUUCGUCCACAUGGCCAAAAGAGUCCCAAUCUUCUCCCAAGUUGCUACAGUCCUGACUUGUAUGCAGAUUGCCACAAGACUCCUGAGAUCCACUCAAGUCAGCAGACCAGCAUUGCUAUGUUAUGUUCUCUCCGAGAGUUGUAA